AGCAAAAGACAGAGACCCAAGUCUUAAAACUGCUCCAUCAGAGAGGAAGGACGGAGAGGAGCAGCAGCGGAGCCAAAGGGUUUGGCGGCUUCGUCAAGAACCACGGAUUCAGGUCGAAUGGAUCUUUUAGGAUGAUGUAAAAUACAAUUUUGCCAAGGAGCAUGAGGGCCCACAAUUUUGACGGUUCUGAACUUGAUAACAAGACAAAUUCACUUCAUGAUCAGUUCUCGACACAGUUGUCAUUGUCAUCAUUGUCUAAUUCCAGUGAUGGCGAGGAGAUUGCAACUUCUUCAUGUCCUGACAAGGGGUGCCCUUUGGCCAUCCUUCAUUUAUGCCUAAAGAGUUUUAAGCAGGAUGCUACUGAGGAGGAUGCAGCUAAAUGGAAGCUUGACGGGACCUUUGUUCUUUCAGACACAGAAUGGGGUGAUUCUUCAUAUGCUAGUUCUCUCAGCGAACAGUCAUCUACAAUCAGUGCCCCCAGUACGCCAUUCACUCAGCCUGAGGAUCUUGACAGAACAGAUAUCUGGAUUUCAUCUUUAGAUCUUGAUGCCGAGGAUUGUGCCUUGCUGCCAGAGCCAGACAAGGAACAAUUUCCAGAUAUACUCGGUUUUGAUUUCCCCAGCCCUUCUUUCAGCGCAAUCAGAAGCCUCCAGUUUGGUUCUUCCAGCUUUAGUGCUGGAAUGUUUUUGAGCAAAGAAGCCAACGACUCUGAUGAGCCAAUAUUCUGGCCAUUUGAGGGCACCUCCUACAACAGUCCUGAAUUUGACAGAUUUCUGACUCUGUCGCCUCGUAGAAACACAAUGGAUCCCGGGUACGCUCAAGUCCGUCACUCGAAUCCAUUCUUGCGGAGGCUCCGUAACAGCACACUAUCUUCAGUAAAGAAGUGCAUUGAACUGCACCAAAGGACCAGAAAUUCAGACGCAAAAGGAAGCGUGGCGUCCUCCUGCCAAGAGAAGAUUCAGAAGACGGCUGCAGUUGCCUCCAGGUUAACAAAAGCAUCUGCACCCUCCAGUUACAGUCAUCACCAGAUGCCGAGCAUCUGUCAGAAAAGAAGGCCGCCUCACUUGAAACUCGGUGGUCCAAGAAAGAUUACCUCUCCACAGUUGCAGGCAGAUCGAUCUAGUAAUAAGAAGAUUGAAGCAGCAGGCGUCCAAAAAGUAGCGGAUAAGAAGAGUCGGAUCGAAGAGUUGAUUGGAUUGGAUGAGUUUGACGGCAACGAAGGCAUUGGCUCGGGUUCGUCAGAUUACCAGUUUAGUCUAUGGAUAUCUCCAAGAUAGUUGGUCUGUGCAACCAUCCUGCAGUAAGCAACUUACCAUGUUAUCUGUGAGGUCAGAAGCUAGGAUUUUGUAAACCAGAUAGUUGGCCUGUGUAAUCGACUCAACAAAUCCUUGAAAGCUGGCACUGCCGUAGCAGGAGUGUACACUACAAAAUCCUUUUGGCAGCUGCGCUGGUUCCAGAACUGAUGGCGUACGGGGCGUGAAGAAAAGAACACCCAUAUUACUAUAAAGAAAAAUAUACAGAAAACCUGAUGGUUCCUUAUUUUCCUACGUGGCUCUUUGACUAUUGCUACAGUUUAGCAUGGGGAAAUUAUCCUUGCUACGAUCCUGUACUCUCGACAAUUUUUAUUUUUGAAUUUUAUACAGUAAGGAAAUUUUGAAAUAAAUGUCUUUCAUUUCUUU